AUGUCGGGCCAAUUGAAUUUACAGGGAAUUAUUACCAAAAUAGAGACAAAGUUCGCAUAUGUCACUUGUACCGAAGAAGGUAAGUAGAUAUAUAAAUAGAGAAAUACGAUUUGACAUAGGCAUUUGUCUGUAGACAUGAAAUUACAAUCAAAAAGAAUUUGAACAAUUUCCGGCUUUAGUCAUAAGCUAUGCGCUCUUUGAAAACCUAUGCCCUUUUCAAAAGUGCAAUUUUUCGGCGCCUUUGAAAAAAUGUUUUGUGUUCGAGAACAUUCUUCUGUUUCUCUAGUUGUUUCUUUUUUUUAGCGCUGUCUUUCAAUAAAAAAUGUUCAAUAUUUAUCAGAAUCCGCAAUUUUUUUUUUUCCAGAUUCUGACAAGAAGUUUAGUGUGUUUGUGCCAUUGGGUGCUUCAGUUCCAAAAGAUCAGGAUUUCCCAGAUCUUCUAGAAGUUUAUUCGUAAGUGGUUGAAUUUUGAGUUAUCCCAAAAAAAAUUGUUUUUUUUUCCAGGAUUGGCGAUCGGGUUUAUGUAAAAGCGGUUCAUCAGGGUUAUAUAAAAAACGGGUGUGCUUUGCGAGGAGUUCGAAUGCGAAAAAUGCCGCCACCAAAAUCUUCCUCAUCUGCCAACACAAGUUCGGGUUCAAUCAAAAAUGCGGAUUCCCUAACAACUUCUCACGAUGAUUAUAAAAAAUUCCGUGUAACUACAGUCACCGAAACUUUUGCCUAUGUCGAUGGACUAAAUCUUGGACCAAUAUUUGUUCCUGGCGGAGCUUUUGAUUCGAAUGAAACAACACGACUCAACGCCCAUUUGAAAGUUGAUGAUAUUUUGGUGGUUCGAAUUGAAGAGCAACCAGAAAUGAGUGGAUGUCGAUAUAAAGCAAAGUUUGCGAAAAAAUUGAUUGCUGGUACGGAAGGUCAACGUCGAAGUAUCGGAAAAAUCACAAAAUUGGAAGAUUACUAUUGUGAAGUAUUUGAUCUUGAAGUAUCGCAGUACAUCUAGUCAGUUUUUUCUUUUCGCGUAAUAUUUAUAUUUAAAAAAAUAUUUUUCAGCUGCAAUAUGUUGACUUAUACUGGCGGUGAUUUUGGGAUCAAUGCCGAUAAACUGACAGAUGUUGUGACACUUGGAGAAUUAGUGAUGUUUACUGCUGAAAUUCGAGGCUCACAAUAUCGCGCGGUGAAUUGGCACACUUUCAAUUCUCGCAAUGUUGUCGUAGAAGAUAUUCUCAAAUUGUUCAAUAAAUCUUACAAGGAUUCAUUCACACAAACCAAUCAGCCUAUGGAGGUGAGAAUUCGAUUGAUUUUUUGUGAAGAAUCAAAAAAGUUUUUUAAUCUGAAUAAAUCCAUUUUUUGCAGUUCCGUCUUCUCGGAAAUGUGCUUCACAAUCAUCCUGAAUGGAUUCAAGAGUAUCCAACAAUGUUCGGACUAAUUGACCCAAGAAUUUUGAAUAAAUGA